CUGUGUCGCUUAUAAAUGCGUCGACCUUCACGAACGCCUUGCUUAGCGUCGCGCAGUUUCGUUACUGAUUUUGGAGCAGCCAGCGCUGGGCCAGGUGCCUUGGUGGCAGAUUGCCUCAGUGGGCUCGGUGGGUGCGAAAAGGGCACGGCCCCAGGUUCGUUAGUGGAAUCAAGACAAACAGGCCACGGAAUGGAGUGUGGUCUGGCAGCGGGCACAGGGUCCCUCAAGGGUCCCGGGGAGUGCCUUGCAGCUUGUCCCAAGACGCUGCAUGUCAACUUUGAAGGAGGUGACAAGGAAGAGCUGCAGGACCGCAAGAAGAAGUACCUGACGGCCAAGUACGGCCCUCACCAGAUGAGCCUCAUCAAGAAGCGGCUGCGCGUUGAGAUGUGGAUGUAUGAGCAGCUCCAGCGACUCUUUGCCUGCUCGGAUGACAACCACGACAUCGAAAUAGACUUGGAUGAGCUCUUGGACAUGGAGAGUGAUCACCGUCGAAGAGACUUUCUCAGGGCAAAAUUGGUGGGUGCCAAACAGACUCGGGACCAAGUUGAGAUGUUCAUCGACGAGCUGAUACAGCGGGCCAAGACCCUGUGAGAAGCUCCACAAGCAAGGUGUUCGUCCUAGUCAUCAGGACCCAUGUUCUUAAAAAAUCUCACUGCACCCAUACGCUUGUACACCACAGCCCCACUGUGCGUUUUUUUUUUUCUUGCUCAUUGCAGCGAAGGCAUGCUUUCCAUCACCACACUAUUCAUGUUCAUCUAAAUUCCUUGGCCACGUGUGGCGGCGGUCUAGUUGGAAACGGGAUACAUGAAAUGAGAUGCACCCGCUUUUGCAAGUUUUGCCCUGGACGACAAAAACUGUGAGAUUGUUUUGGCUGAUUAAGAGAAGACGGCCAAGCACUGGCUGCUUACACACCUUUGCAAGAGUGCGUUGAACGCCUUUUUCAAGGUUGAACCAUGGAAGGUACCUGCUUGUGGAACUGAAGGGAGCAGGUACUGCCAUGUGGAACUGUUCUUAUCUCCAGAAAGUAUCCACUUUCCGUGCUCUGUGUGGCAUCACCUUCAUCAUUGAGAGUCCUCGUCCUGUUCCAUCAUCAUCCUGCUUGGUGCUGAUGAUGAUGGUGCGGAAUGAGGGCUUGCGGUGAUGAAGGUGACGCUAUAUCCCAGAUAUAUAUAUAGCACAGGCACAUGCACAUGGGAUGCAAGUGAGGCAAUGCUUCCAAAGCCUGCUUAAGGAGCCGUGGAUUUUUUCGCCUCAUAGUGUUUGGUCUCGUGCAGAACUGGCAGGUGAGAGAUGACUCAUUUGGAGCAGUUAAGGGUGCACUAUAAGGAGUGAAAGUUUCUCAUUCCUUUUUGAUGACAUGUUUUUGAAUGGAUCCACUUUGCAGAUAGCUGGUGCUCGGCUAAUGCAAGCUGGUAAAGACGCAGACACCAAAAUGCAGGUGUUUGGAAAAGAUGUUAUCGGGAGAUUAGGACCUCUAUUUAGCAGGCAUUCCUGCAAAGCCAGAAUACUUGGCUGAGACUGUUGGACGUAUUUUGAAAUCUAACAUUGGAAAGCUGAUCUCCAUAAAGUGGAGUUGGUUUUGCAAGCUGGAAGACUUACAUUAAGAACACUGCCACAUGCUUAACAUGAAUUCUCCUCCUUAUUAAUAAAUUUAAAGAUUGGCUUGUUCUGGAAUUUGUGCUGCUGAGCAGGAAGACAAAAGUGAACAGCAAGUGAAGCUGUGUUUGACUGCAUUCUUUGGCAUAUGUUCUGCUUCUGAGAUCAGUGACACUGAUCCUUGCAGUCUCUGAAGAUCUUGCUGUCGGUGCAGUAUGCGCUGGGUUCCAACUCCCCAUUCUACCCUACACCAUCUCUGUUUGAGCAGUACCAAAGCUGACAGCCACAGCUUAUGGUUUGUUGGCUAACUUUUAUCCACAAGACAUUUGCCACACGAAAGAUUUUUAGGGCAUUUCCAGUGCUGUUUGUAAUGUAGUUUUGCAGCUUUUGGACUCUUUAAAACCUAGUUUAUAAUGGCGAGAGGCAUAGAGGAGCGCACAACGGAGGAGACAUGCCUGUUCUGGGGGUACAGAUUGUUCACGCUUCAUCCUCCACAGUAUUUCACUAGCUGAUGUUUCCGAAAGAAGGUUCCACAGUAGUUUUCCUUCAUGCAUGCUUGGAAACCUGCAUGUUAAUCCACGAGGUGGCCCGCCAGUAGAAACUUUCCACUUAAAAGUGUAACAAUGUGACAAACUUUCCCAUUGCUAUUUCACACAGCCAGUACCGUCACACCAAAGAAAUUGCAUAAAUAAGUGAAACAACGCAAUUGGCAGACAUGGCCACACCUUGCAUCUUCUGCAGCUUUCAUGUGAACUGUGGUAGCGUCAGUACUAAGGCUCGCUCUUUAGUACUAGCUCCUGUAGAAUUGUGCACUCUUGUGGGCGGAGCUGUUUGUCACACAUAACCGGGAAUAUGUGGGUCUUGCUAGAGUCAUAGUGCCCACACAUUCUGUGUGGGCAAGUACUGCAUGCUUGAGGCAGUUCACUCUGCCUGCACUGGCCCAAGCCAUCUUUUUUUGCUGUAUCUGAAAGACGUUAACUUUGAAAUCUGUCCAUAAUUAAAGACUAGGAUUUGUCUCGGCAUUUCUGACCUUCAGUGCUCAGCCAUUGUAUUCGUGCCAGCUGCGCAUGUUACCAUGUUUUCUACAAGUGGCAGUUCCCGAACUGGCUUAAGAUUAGUGAACACUCGGCUACUCUUGAUUGCCGAGAAACAGUUUUUAUGCUUAAGUUACUCUCAAGUCUGCAGUGUUUCAGUUUAACAUGUAACUUUAUGAUUUGUACUAGAUAGGAGUUUGCAUAUCAUUCUAAUUCAGUGCUUUCAUAGUUUCUAUGCAAAUGCAGCAUCUCAAUAUAUAUUAUCUCUUGCAGCUGUCAUUAGUGGUGAUUCAUCAAAAAGUUUCAAGCUGUAGCUAGGCACGAUGGAGCAGAUAUGCUGAAUUUAUUGUUGCAAAGCUUGUAGCAAUAGAGUAGCAGUUUUGCUGAUGACUGGAGGAGAAAUAAAGCUUCCAGCACCGUUUUACAACCGUGUUCUUACACGACUUGCCAUGCCGCCUUAAUGCAGACAUUUUUGGUAUUUGCUGGACAGUAGUAAAUUAGAUGGUUACCACAAUCUUCACAAUACUCUUCAUACUGAAAGUCCUUCUUACAGGUAGUUGUAGAUCCUUGUGUUUAACUGUACUGCUAAGAGAUUGGUUGGCCAUGCAGGUUUCUUUCUGGUAGCUUGAGAAUCUCCCUCUAAAUUUGAAAUGGCAUAAGCCAGAAAUGCUUCAGAACAGGACAACAGCAGGCGACGCGCAAGCACUGUGUGCCGUCUGCUGUUGGCCUGUUUGUCAGCACGGUUCCUCCCUUUGCCCAAGUAUGCAUUAACCAGCAAUAAGCGGCACACUGCUGACACUUCUAGUACUUUCAACUGGUCGCUUUCAAGUACUCAAACAGCGUGCUUUACAUAUGGCUGGUUGAAAUGGAGUGCUUGGAACACAUUCGCCUGGUUCAUUCAGAGCACCACGCUACAGCUCGGAGCGCUAGAGGUGCUCUCAGCUUUGUGGUGGGACAGUGAGUGAGAUCCGAAGUAAUUGCAGUCACUUGGCUUCUUCCGAAUGCUCUGGGAGCUGCUGAUCAUUUGGCUCAGGCAAGAUUUCUCUAGCUCCAAUCUUAACAAGGCCUUGCAUCAUCGCAAACAGAGUUGGACCACAGUAGGAACCAGUCGAAUGUGCCUUUAGCACUGAAUAAAGGCGAAACCCGAGUACAAAAAGUUGUUGUAGGAAGCAUGGGCCACAUUAAAAGCUUAAUGGCUGUGAAGGUUGCCUGUUCUACAAAGUCUAUGAGAGAGAAAAGUACCGUUGUUUUCAAUGUGACAUUGAAGUUAUGGGGUCAGCAGUUGAUUGUCAGAAGCAGCCUCCAUAAUCUCUUGUUUGGAGAGGAAGACUGCAAUGUGUUGCUGUAGUUUAUAGUAUACUUGUACUGCAAUGAUGGUAAGAUGUACCUGUUUUUGGGUGACUCAGGCUCAUUUAGGAGUUGGGAUAUAUUGCAUGAACAUUUUUCACACUAAAACAUUGUCUUUUGUUAUGUGAUGUUCUUGUGCUACUGCCAUCUAUUUUGUUUCACGCAUACUUUUGGUGCAAGACUCAUUUUUCAAGGUGCAAGGUCUUUUCCUGCAGUUUUGCUGCAUACAUAAGGCAAUUUGGUGUUAACAUGCCAAUGAAAUGUGCAAAUGUGAAUUUAGAGUGCAACGAAAAUUAAACGGUGUACAUUCUGA